UUGAAACCACAAAUUGCAUUUGACGCGAGAUUAACGGACUUGUUGUUAUGAAGGUUUCUAGUGAGAUUCAACCGAGUUCCAGCAAAGUUCAAAAUGAGAGUACUGCACCGUAUAAAUAUGUGGACGACUUGGAGGGUUUAUCGACAGAAAUACCACAAGGAGAAACUGAGUUUCAAUAUGAGAAAGAAAAGGAACCUUCUGGAGCUGAGUUGGAGGAUGUUUUUGAGCCACCAAGGAGAACUCAUUGGGUAAUGACUACGUUUCUUAUGAUCAGUUACCUGGUAGGAGUUGGAGUGCUUUCUCUUCCAUCGGCCUUUGUUUCACUUGGUUGGGUUCCGGGAGUAUUGUUGUUGACUGGCAUUGUUUUUAUCACAACUGUAACUGGUUUAUAUAUGUGGAAACUGCACUUGAAAUAUCCGCAUAUACGCAGCUAUGGCGCUAUGUAUUAUCACUUUUUCGGACGUGCUGGUCAGAUUAUCGGAGGUACCCUUACUUAUCUUAUGUUCUUUGGUAUUAUGACUGCAGAUUUUCUUACUGCAGCACUCUCUUGGAAGAGUUUGUUCCAGGGACAUCAUGUUUGUGUUACAGUUUGGUUUGUAAUACCGUUUGUCGUUGCUCUAGUGGUUGGACAGUUACGAAGUCUCCAUGGUAUUUCUUGGGUAGCUUUUGUUGGUGCCUUGUGUAUAUUCCUUCCGAUAGUAAUGACAUGUAGCAAAGUACCUGAGCUGUCAGUAGGUGCUCAUGCAUACACUACAAUUGCCGGGAACAGUUUUGUCAAUGGUGUUAUUGCAAUGACAGAUAUUGUCUUUGCCUUUGCAGGACAUUUGAUUUUUUAUGAAUUUAUGGCUGAAAUGAAAAAUGUUCAUGAUUUUCCAAAAGCACUUAUCGUAUCGCAGUUGGUUGGUUUCGUGUUUUGCAUGUUUACAGCAGCAUUUGUUUAUGUCUACUUGGGAAAUACGAGUAUUUUACAAAGUCCAGUAACUUUGAGUCUUCCUCAUGAUACAUUACGUGAUGCCAUUAAUGUUAUCUUAAUCAUUCACGUCACAGCUCCGAGUGUUAUGGGAGGAAACGUUCUAACUCGAGCAGUUCAACGCUGGUUGCAAUGUUGGGGUCGACGAAGAUUUGAAGACACUUCCUUUCCACAACGCGUUUCAUUCUUCUUUUGGUCUCUUCUGGUUUAUGGAGCAGGUUUCCUUGUUGCCUGUGCUAUUCCAUUCUUUAAUGAAUUGAUUGGACUUCUUGCAGCAUUGGUUGGUUCCAGUAAUAGUUUUGGAAUGCCUGCUAUCAUGUAUUUGAUUCAAUUUCGGAAAACGACAAGUUGGUGGAAUUGGAUAUUGGCACUUUCAUGUAUUGCCAUUGGAUACACAUUACUUGGCAUAGGAAGUUAUGCUGGAGUUUAUACGAUUAUUCAAGCAGUUGGAGACCAUGGAACUCCAUUUUCUUGUGACAGGGUAAUUUAAGUGGGUUGUUAUGACACAUGAAGAAGAAUAU